ACAUUUGAUAUUCGAAAAUUAAUGAUAUCGUACUUUCCGCAUUACUUUUCCAAACUACUCUGUGGCUCUUGAAGAGGUACUGGUUGGUUUUAAAAAAUAAAGAAAAAUUCCAUUGGAAGAAGAAUAUAGUGUGGAUUUUAAUGUAGAAAAAGAUAAAGACAAAAAAGUAAUGAUAGCAAUGAAGAAUUUAAGUAAAUGUGGUAGCAGCAUUGCAGUUGAAUAUGCUUUGGUACACAAUAUCAUUAUGGUUCCUCCGAUUCUUCAGGUAGAAGAAUCUUUACUAUCACUUGGUAGUCAUGGCAAUGUCGAUGGAGUUUUCUACUGCCUUUUAAUUAAAGUUAAUGCUUAGGAAAAGAAACUUAUUUGGCUAGGUAGCAAAAGUCGUAUUCACAAAAGCAGAACUUUUAAUCGUUUGAUAUAUGAGUGCAAAGGUGGCCUAAAUGAGAGUUUGAAAAAACUAAUAAUUGAGCUUGAUAAAAACAAUUUUUGCAUUUGCUACCAUCUAAUUGCUGCGUGUCUUCUUAAAGACCAAUUGUGGGAGGGUGUUAAUCAAGGAAACAAAAAGUAUUUCAUUUGCCAACCUUCAGAAAAAGCAGAAGAAUGGGAGACUUUGCUUAUGCUUCACCGAAGUAACCCCCAGGGAGCUUCAAGGUAUGGAAAACUUUGGACUUCUUUAAUAGAAAAUCCAUCAAUAGAAGACCAAUUCAUAAUUCUGUCAGAUCUUCCUAACCAUCAUAAAUGGAUGUGGGAUAAACUUGUUAAAGGUGUAAAAUAUGAACAGAAGUUUUCAAAUUCAUGCAGAUAUUUUCCUGGUUCACCCAGAAACAGAAUUCUUCAAGCCUCUUUUUAUCGAGUUACCUCUGAUAACAUUAUUGUAUCCAUUUUAAGAAAUGUUUUUGGUGUUAAAGAGACAGUUGUAUAUCCAUCUAGAAAAGAAAACUUAUCUCUAAUAGUGUCAAAAGCAAAAAAGAGUAGGAUAUCUAAAGAAAGUUUUCUUGACCAAGUUAAUAUUUAAGAAAAUAGGUUUAUUGUAAUUUUUAUUAUUUGUUAAUUUCUUUAUCGAUUUGUUGUAAGAGUUUCAAUAUAAUGAUUUGCAUUGUGGAAAAAAAGUGGUUACAAACAAUAUUGGCAUCACAGGUUUUAUUAAUGAGGUUAACUUGGUUCAGCAUUUAAGUAAAAGAAACAGUCUCUAUGAAUACUUUUGUGCUGAACUUUUUAGUCAUGGCGUUCUUUGUUGGCGUGUUCGAAAACCGUCUCUUAGUAUAUGUGUUAUGAACAAUUACAAUCACGAGAACGGGAACUUUCAAGAUAAAGAAUUUGUUCAUGUAAAAGCUGAAACAAUGUGUUCUACUACAAUAUACAACUGCUCCGGUAAAACAUUCUCAUCAUGUGUUUUUUUUCAAUCAGAAAAUUUGACAAAUGUAAAUAAUUGUUGUCAUUGUCGUCUGUUAAACCAGCUAAUGCAAAUGCUUGAUAAUCCUGAUUUCAUCCCAGAAAAUAGUUUAUUAAGCAAAAAAAAACUUAUGGAUAGUUUAAUCUAUCUCAAAUCAAAUGUUUUUAAGUUAACUUCAAAAUCGGGAGUUGAAAGAUAUUCGGUAGUUGCUGAUUCAUGUUCUUUUGUUACAGUUUUUGAAAUUUCAAAAUCAUCUCGCAAAGUAAUAAAAUGUCAUGAUUCAUUAUGUCAAAUAUCUGAAGGAAGUACUUGUCAAAUUAAUAAUCUACACAAUGGUUGCUUAUGUCCACAUCUUAAAGUCUUUAGAGAAUAUUUUUAUCUUGUUGAAAACACAGUAGAAUCAUUUUGUAAUGACAAUGAUAAAGUGAUCUCUUUUGAUUCUGUGUUAGAGGAUAAUCUACCAAGGGAAAAGUGGGAAGAUGUUUUUGAUGUAGCAUCUGGUUUGUGGACAUUUGGAAUUAAUGCCCCAAGUAAAAAAACUGUUUCCAAUGACCAAUUUAAUGAAAAAUUUAGCAAUGACAUUGUAAAAAGACAGUCUGCUACCAAUGGAUAUUGCUUUAUGCCUUCUGUUGAUCUAGACAACUGUGACUGUGGUGCUGGGUGGGUAUCUGAAUCUGUUUUAUCUGGUUAUACAGAAUUUUACCAUAAAAUCAAUAUGUACACAGAUCGUGAAGUAAUUGAGUGUGAUGUUUUUUUGAGAAAAUGUUUAUCCAAUACUUGCAUUAGUUAUUGGGAUGGCUGUGAAGACUCUGUUUUUCCAUGUCAUUAGUCAAAAAUCCUAUUUUUAGAGUUUCUUUUUAAAUUUUUUUUUUUACUCGGGGCCCCGAAAACUGCAGGAUUCAAGGCUAUAGUCUCCCAUAGUCCCCACCUUAAUCCAGCAUUGUAAACAGACACUCCUUGUAAAAAAGAAACAAUGUUUUUAAAUUUUUAUCAUAGAUUUGGUUGAUAUAUUGCAAAAAAGUUUGGUAAACGUAUUGUUCUUUUUUUUAUGAAAAUUUUUAUGUCUUUUCAAAGAGGUUUAGAACGCGGACACUUAAGAGGCUAAGUUUGGCGGAAAUAUUAAAAAAUAUAUAUGAUCUUAAUAUUAUAUUUCAGGUUCAUUUAAACUUAAAAUUAAAUAUAAAUAGUAUUACACGACUAGUUGACAAGAGGAACUAGCUCAGAUGGUAGAGCGCUCGCUUAGCUUUAUAUUAAAUAUAAAUUUCCGCUGCAGACCCAAUUUUAUGUCUUAUAUUUGACACCUAAAGUUUGCUCAGCACAUUCAAAAACUUUUCUUCUAUCAUUCGAUGAAGAUAAAACAUUAUGUUUUCUUUCAACUUGUUCAGUUGUAUGUAUUUCAUGUAUACGAAUUGGACAAGGUGGUUCUGGUUGUUCCAGAAGUGAAUGUAAACAAAUUUGGUGAAAUAAAUGCUUGCAUGGAUUCAAUAUAACAACAGACUUUCUGUUUAUAGUGUAUUGUACAAAAAACACAACGAACUUUCAAUUCCAUCACUGUAGUACUUCAAUGCUGACGCAUACAAAUGCUAAAUUUGACAUUAUUAACUUAUUAAAAUGCAUGUCCAAGAAGAACUUUUAUAAUGACCUUUAAGCUUACAUUGUGAAUUGAGCAACUACAAAUAAUGUAUUCUCAUUUACAUAACUUUUGUUUUUCUGAUAACAUACUCUGAUUUCUUAUUUAUAUGUUGUUUUACUUAAUUACAUAUCGUGACUUUUAAACUACAUGUUGUAUUUCUCAAUUAUACCUUACUUUUCUUAAUUACUACUUUCAAGU